GCCAAUUGUGCACGCACGAUGGAGAUACUUGUGGUUCUGGCGAUAUUUUGCAGUGUCUUCGGAACCUUUAAUUCAGCAAUCGUGGACGAUAGCGAGGCAUUCGAACUUCCUUGGUGGCCCCUCUCCCUGCCGGAAGACUGCUCGUACCCGCCAGCGACGGGACCGUGUGAGGCGUACAUGCAGCGCUUCUACUACAACCCUUUGACCAAAGCUUGCGAGCUGUUCAUCUUCGGCGGAUGUGGAGGAAAUGCGAACAACUACGCCACUUACAAGGAAUGCCAGAAGAAGUGCAAGACAAUCUGGGGCAUACUUCCUCGCGCCUAACAGGAAAGGAAUCAUUGUGCCGCCGUGAAUACGAGCGUACAAUACACUCUGG